UUCUCCCAAAGGAGCUUUUUUCAGGAGGCAACUGGACUUUCUUGUUUUUCUUUGAAGACGUUUCGCUUCUCCUCCAAGAAGCUUCUUCUGCUCUGCAACUGACUUUCUUCAGUUUACCACACACACACACACAAAAACCCGAACCGAAGAAGCUCAUUGGAUGAGAAGCAAAAUGUCCAUCCAGUUGCCUCUUGAAAAAAAAGCACCUCCGGGACGAUGGCGGGAGCCAGUUUUAAGCCAAGGGAGCUUUUCCAGAACACAAAACUUAGGCCGCACUUUCAUCGUUCGGAGAAAGGACCGUGCCAGACAUGCCUUUCCAAGCGUGGCAUAUGCUUUUUCAAAGCGGGGGAAGAUUUGGAGGCCUUUCGCCGUCAACCUAACGAUGUUGACGAAGCUUUUCAGCCUUUGUAAAAUAACAACAUCCCUGCCAGGGGAGAGGGGAAAACAAUAAUAAUAAUAAAAAAAAAGAUUUUGGACAAAGAGGAAAAAAAACAACAACACCCUGAUUUUAUUUCUUGUCGCUGCCAGCCAACCUCGUCUCCGCAGGCCAUCCGACUCACAAUUUUGAUGAUGCCCUGAUUAGAAAAAAUAAUUGGCUGACAAUCCAGCAGCGCCUUGGGAGAAAUGAACAACUCUUGGCACCAAAUGGCUCAAUUACAGGCCUCGCUUGGAGGGCAGCUUGUGGGUGGGAGGCCUGCAGAGCGAGGGGGCCGGAGAGCCCCCCACCUGCAGCAAUAUUGGGGGGGCGCAGCGUUACGGGGCUCCAAAUAUAACUGAUGCAAACAAUAUAAAUACGGGGCCGGGAUGCAGCCAGGACACGAGACACAAACAGCAAGAAGGCAAAGACAACAGGAGCACGCUCAGUUGCCAAGCCUUUUAAGAUGCCUGCCGGGAUCCUUGCGGUGUCUCUCUUUUGCCUUCUCACCUGGUCUUCAGCCUGCUACAUCCAGAACUGCCCCCGAGGAGGAAAGAGGUCCAUGCCCGAUGCAGAAGUCCGACAGUGUAUCCCUUGUGGCCCUGGCAACAGAGGAAAGUGCUUCGGGCCCAACAUCUGUUGUGGAGAAGAGAUGGGCUGCCAUUUUGGGACUUCGGAAACUCUGCGUUGCUUGGAAGAGACCUUUCUCCCUUCUCCCUGCGAGGCUGGUGGGAAGCCCUGCGGGGCGGGCGGGCGAUGCGCAGCCCCUGGCAUUUGCUGCAAUGAUGAGAGCUGCGUGUCCGAUGUUGCCUGCGGAAAUGAGAACGGCGAGAGAGGACGGAUGUUUCCGGAAAGGAAUUUGACCAUGUUGGACGGCUCGGCUGGAGAUCUCCUUCUCCGACUGAUGCACCUGGCAAACAAGCAACAACAAGGAAAACCACAAUUUUAUUAAGGUGUCGGAGAGCCGGCGUUUCCAUUGGCGUAACGGGCUUAGAACCUGAAGCACCCCUAAAGUGACCCAAAGCCUAUAACCGUUUAAGAAUAAGAUGUAAA